AUGGGCUUUAUUGAUCUCCUUAUAAUUAAUCGAUUGAUGUUCAUUGCUAUGGAACAUUCAAUCAAGAAACACAUUCUAUGUCUAUUUCAUAGUUUAACAGGGAAUUAUUGGAAAUAUCGUGAUCAAUUUAUUAAAACGCCCGGACAUUAUUAUUUAUCAAUUGAUUUAGAUUCAUCCUCAAGUUCUGAGGAACAAGAAGCUCGUUUAAAUCGAAUUAAUAAAAUUCCAAAGUAUAUUUCUACAGAACGUGCGUUUUUUAAUUCUCAAACAAAUUCAAUACAAAAAACAUAUACAUAUGCAUAUGACGGUUUAAAUUAUUAUAUUGUAUUACCAAAAAAUCCAAGUGAAAAUUUAAUAUCAUCAUUAUUAUUUGUUCGUAAAAUGGUUCUACGUAUUGGUAUUUUAUAUAAAUAUAAAUCAUCAAUUGAAAUGUUUUUCGCUAGUGGAUUUUUAUUAACUGAUCGACAUGUUUUAACAUGUGCACACUAUUUCGAUCCGAUUCAAUGGGGAAAAGAAAAAGUAUCAUAUGAUAAAAUUUAUGUGUGUUUUCUUGAUCCAGCUUCUGAAACAUAUUUUCUGUUAAAUGAUCCAAACAAUUUCUUAAUUCAGGCCAAAAUACUUCGUCGUGGAUUAAUUGAAGAUAAUAUGUCCGAUUACGACGAAGUAAAAUCCAACACAACUGAUCUUGCUAUUCUAGAAUUAGAUAAAGUAGCACCACAUAUACAAUUAAAUGAAUACUUUGAUCCAAAAUUACAUUCUUCAUCUGAAUCAAAUAUUAUUCCGAUUAAUUCAGAAUUAUUUUUAAUUGGUUACAAUGGUGAAUUAACUGAAGAUGAUGAGCUAAAACCAUAUAAAUACUUAAAAGGUUUUGAAAAUUUAACAAUUGAUGCAUUAAAUUAUUCUCAUCACGUAAAUUAUAAAUCAAUAUCAAUUGGUCGUCUAAAACAAGAAUCAUCCAUAGAUAGUAAAUACGCUAUGCAUGAUUGUAGUACGUUAUCAGGUUCAAGUGGUGCUGUAAUACUCGAUUCAAGUGGUAAAUUUGUCGGCAUUCAUAUAGGAGUUGUCAAUUCACGUAAAGAAAAAAAGAAUGAAUUUUUUUUUAACCAAGAAACAUUUAAUAAAUUUAUACAAGUUAAUUCAAAACCAUUUCGUGAAUUCAUUCGUCAAGCAAUUAUACCAAAUAUGCAUAAUCACGAAUUGGUACAAAAAUGGUCAUCGGAUUCUAAAUAA